AUGACAUCAAGGUGUCAGUCGUUCGCUGCCAGGCAAUGGCUUUCAGCACGACCAGUCGCAUCGACACUUCUCUUGGGCACUCCGUCGGUGGAAGCUCGCGAUGCUGGUGAAGGUCGAGGACUAGGCCUCUUCGCUACCCAACCGAUCGCCGCCUUCUCUCAGAUCCUCUGCGACACCCCACUCAUCCUAAUGAAACCCAAUGAUGACCUGCCGGAGCUGUAUAAGCAAUUCGCCAAUCUACCAAAAGAGGACCAAGAGCGAUAUCUCUCCCUCAGUCAGCAUGCAGAUCUCAGUCGCGAUGCUCUGCUCAAGGACAAACUCCUCCAGCGUGGCUUUGGUACAGAAGGCCUGGAAGAGAUGGCCAAUGUCGCUGGAAUCAUGCAGACCAAUGCAUUCAAUGUAGAUCUGCAUGACGGUCAGGGACCACGACAUCGAGCUUUGUUCCCAAGUAUUGCGAGGAUCAACCAUUCUUGUGCGCCGAAUGCCCAUGUAUGCUUCUACCCUCCAAACGGAGGAGAGUCGCGCGGUCGCAUGACUGUCCACGCAUUGAAUAAACUAGAAUCGGGAGCUGAAAUACUCAUAUCUUACUUCAACAUCCUCCUCCCGCGAUCAGAACGUCAAGCAAAGACCCAGAAAUGGGGCUUCACAUGCUUGUGCACAGUCUGUGCUGACACAGACGGCGCGGAGACUCAGCGGGAGGCUAUUCGAACUUUCAACGCGGAUCAGAGCCGACUUGUGCAAAGGACCAAAAUCAUGAUGAAAGAAGUCAAUGCUAUCAUGGAAAAAGGAGAGUCCUUGGCGGACCUGCUCAAGGAUCAAACAGAGCUCUACCCUGCCUUGCCGGACAUAUUUGAACACCUCGGAAUGCUUCAAGCGAAAGGUCCUGUCGUACAGAAGCGACAUAGAGGUCGGGACAAGCUGCUUGCGCUUCUGGAGCAAGCGGUAAUCUGGGAAGCUCGAAUUACGGGAGUUUCAAGUCCAGCAACUAGACGACGUCUCCGACAAAUGGCUCAAUUUGAGGCAGAGGGGGACAAUCAGAAAGCUGCGCACAUUGCCAUUGACGGGACAGGCAAUUACGUCGUACAGUGGAACGAUUAG